AUGUCGACCACCAACGAUCACCAUCUCACCAACUCACCUACGCCAUGGAUAUCCUGGCAUGGGCUUCAGGUCAGACCGUGUAUCGCCGAACUCAUCCGCACACAAUGUCCACCGCCCAAGCUGCUGCUUCGAGUCGAGCGCGUUAUCGAGGUAAUCGUCCGGAUGGACGAGGAAGCCCAUAACAAUGAUAAGCACGAAGCCGUGUAUAAAGCGUAUCGACUAUUUCUUAGUGAUGGAGAAUACACCAUACAGGCCUUGCUCAAGAGCGAGCUGCAUGUCCUCGUAUCUAGCAGUAAGGAUGACCUGACGCCCGGGACGGUUCUUGAUAUCCAAGACUACGAGCUACGUACGGCCAACAGACUAGCAUCCAAGGGUGCACGGUCUGGCAGAGUUGUUUUCCUGGCUGUUGCAAGGUAUAGACGGGCAGUGCCCUUCAAACUAGAUGUACAGCUCAAGAAUCUUGAGGAUGAACAUCUACUCGUCAAACGAGAUGCAGCCGCACUGUCCGACGAAGGCGCUGGUGAUAGCCCACGGGAAGAGAAGAGGAGACAGAAAACCGCCGAGAGGGAUAAGGCAAUGGUAUUUAGGGCAGCAGUUGAGGAUACUAAUCUACUUGAUGAAAUCGAAGAUGAAAAUCUCAAAGAUGAUAUCCUGGGUGUAUCUCCGUGCUACUCUACAGCACCUAAAAUACUGUCUUCCACAGCCAUGUCCACCUCCAUGAAAGUCCUCACCCUCUCAGACCUUCUCGCCCCUCGAAUACCCUUCCCCAAGAGGAACUAUCCCUGCAAUGUUAUAGCAGUGAUAUCGUGGAUCUCUCCCCAGGUGAUAAAACGAACAAACAUGCCUCCGAAAAGAGACCUUAGGCUCAUCGAUCCCACUAUCAUCAAAACCGUCGACAAACGGCGCUCGUCUGUGACUACUGCAUCCUCGUUACCAUCUACAUCGCCACCUAGCAUCACAGCUAAUUGGACGGUAGGAAUAUCGAUGAGCGUGUUUAUAGAUGCAGCCGAAUUUCACCCUCCCGUCGGGACCGUGGCGUUUUUUAGAGGCAUAAAGACGCAUGAGUGGGAUGGUAUCAGUCUGAACGCAUAUGAGAAAGACUGCAGGGAUAAGGAAUGGUUUAUAACCGACCCAGACAGGCUAGCUAGCUUGGGAGUUGAUUCGUCCGCGUUAAAAACUUGGUGGCUACAUGUACAAACGAGGUGGGAGGACGCCAGGAAGGCUUCUACUCAGGAAAAUUGA